UUUAAUAAUUAAUUAGUCACUGUCAGUUUCGCUGUUAAUAGUGUUAAUAAUUGGAUCAAUUUCUUUUAAGAGAGACGUGAGGGUGUGUCAAUGUUUAUCAACAAAAUGAAACGAUAAUCGGUUAGUUUCAAUAAGUUCAAAAUAACUUCUCCAAUUUCAAACCCUUGAAAUGGCAAUAUUGACUUCUUGUUGGUCUCCAUGUAUAUGGACGGAUAGUUUGAAGACAGGAUGCAAAGCUAUUGCUUUCUAUACAGGGGCCAUGUCCGUGGUCCUUAUGACUUUUAUUAGUUUCGAUAUGGCUGGAGGUGAUUCUACUCAGCUGUACAAUCCAUUAUUCGAAACAGAUGUUAGAAGCUCUAUGAUAUUUUAUGGUGUACUGAUGCUGGUAUAUCUGUUAGGAUUAAUAUCUUCUGCUGCACUUCUUGUGGUAGGACUUAGAAGAAUGACUAGAGGAUUGUUCUUACCAUGGUUGAUAUUAUUCGGAAUAGCUAUCUUAUUCCAAUUACUUUUCGGCAUUUGGCUCAUCUAUGGAUACUAUAUUUACCUGGAUGCAACAUUCUAUGCCUUUAUUGAUUGGAUCUGGAUGGCCUAUAAUAUUUAUUGUUGGCUGGUUGUGUAUUCGCAAUAUCAGGUAUUUGAAGAAAUGCAAUCACCAAAUAUCGAAUUAUUGUGGCCUUAAUUAUUAUGAAAAAUAUUAGGAUUAUAGAGAUUUGAUCUUAUAUUAUGUACUGUUAUGUAUUUUUUGAUGAAUUUUUAUACUUUUAAGAAUAAUUAUUAUAAUGAUGUCCGUCCUCAAUAUUUCAAACAUUGUUUUGGAUUCAAUGAACUGUCAGUAUUUUUGAAUACAGUUUUUUAAUUUU